AUGAAACCGAACAAUCUCAUGGAACAGUUAAGUAUAUCUCAGUUUAAUCAAUCACAAAUGCGAAAAAAUCAGCACCAUCAACAGCAGCAUCAUUUUCAAGAUGGAAGUAACAAGAGAGUGGGUAUACCACCGUCUCACCCGCACCAGAUCCCACCUCUUUCGCCUUACUCUCAGAUCCCGGUUUCACGGCCGAUAAUGCCUCCCCAUAACACUAGUCCUACACCUUCCCACACUCGAUCACUCUCUCAGCCGUCGUUUUUCUCUCUCGAUUCUCUUCCGCCUCUUAGUCCUUGUCCGUUUCGCGAUUCUUCGUCCACGUCGCUCUCGGAACAUGCUGACGUGUCUAUGGAAGAUCGUGACGUCAGCUUACCGCCGUUUGCUAGAAACCCUUCCUUGCCGCCGCGGAAAUCGCACCGCCGGUCUAAUAGUGAUAUUCCGUUUGGGUUUUUCUACUGUUUUGCAGUCUUCGCCGCCGUUGAUUCCUCUCCGAGGAAGAGAAACUGCGAAACCUAA